CCGAAUACUACCUGCCGGCCUCAUCUUCAUCAUCCAAGCGAUUAGCUGGCCUAGUUACAAAUACGGCAAAUGGAUUCUCUACGUCGAUGCUCAAUACCGACUGAGUCUGGGUCGGCCGCAGCUUGCAGGGGUUAGGAAAUAAAUUUACGGGAUUGAACCUUGGCGGUCUCUUUCAAUGUGAGUCAUGUUGAAAAUCAGGCCGAUGAGACAGGAUCAGGAUCUGGAUGGGCCUCUUUGGACCAGCUGCAGGAAGGAGUUAUCUAUGAUGUUAUCGCGGGUGCGGGCAAUUGGGCCGACCAACAUAUUUUUUUCGGAUGUCCGAUUAGCCGGUUGCCAACCUCCGACAGGGGAGAUCCACUUUUUCUACGGCCGUCGCCAACUGACUGGCAAACCCGACGCGGAAAGAAGCCGCUGCCACGGCUUGGUUGAUAAAGGAACCAAUGAGAAACGUGGGAUCUUAUCCCUGUGGAGUGGGCCAUAUGGCAAGAAUGCUGGGUCUCGGUCGACGGUGCUCGGCGGUGCCUCCGAUGAUCCCCUAUGAAAUUGACAGGUUAAAGACUCGGACGACGCUUGCGGCCAACCAUUGAUUAACCAACACUUCUCGUCCCAUAUAUUGUGCCGUGCUGUUCUUAUCAGUUGUUGCAUAUAUAUCUGUUUUGUGUCUAUGGCCUGAAGCCGUACGCACA